AUGGCGCACAAGAUUGCACGAAGAGCUUCUUACAAGGGUCAACUAACUAUUGUUAAGAAGAAUAUCAAGAAGUACAUUCAAGAUCCUGAGCAGCUAAAAGAUGAAGAAGCAAGAGUUGAUCUCAUCUCUCAGCGCGAUUCCGUGGAAAGAAUAGAAGCCAAAUAUUCAGAAAUACAGGCGGAAAUCAUAGCAGAAGCUGACGAUGAAGAUCAGGAGCGAGAGGAACAGGAUCUUCAAGACUUCUUGGCUCAGUGUGCAACGGUACACUUCGACAUUUCGCGCCUUAUUGCUCAAAUACCUCAAUCAUCCCAAAGUGCAAAUCAAUAUUCGGACAAUGUGAAAUCAUCUGAUUCCGGUGGAUCUGGUAACACAAUGGAGAAAAUGAUGAUGCUUCUCCAGAGUCAAAUGAGUGAGCAAAGAAGUCAAAUGGACACUCUCCUCAGAUGCCAUAGAGAAGACAUGAGAAGUAUGCUGGAUAUCACGGCUCAGGCUCAUUCAACGGCUAUUAACACUUCAGUUAAUCAGUCAGGGUUUAAGUCAAGGGCGAAAUUGGAGCCAAUACAAGUGCCAGAUUUCAGUGGAAAAUAUACUGAAUGGAAGCCUUUCCAAAACCUCUUCAUCUCCAUGGUCCACAACGAUGAACAAUUGUCAGGUUCGCAGAAGAUGCACUAUUUGAGGAAAGCUCUUAAAGGAGAAGCAGCUGUUGAAAUCAGCAAUCUCAGUAUCUCUGAUGAAAAUUAUGAGAUCGCGUGGAAUAGAAUUAAAAAGCGCUAUGAUGAUAACUACAGGAUCAUCAACUCACACAUAGAAAUGUUUCUCAAACAGCCUUCAGUGUCUCAACCCACCGGAAGUAAUCUGAGGAAAAUCAACUCUACAUCCUCUUCAAUUCUUCAAGCAUUAGGAGCCCUGGACUGCACACAAAGGGAUCCAUGGCUCAUUCACAUUGUCUUGGGAAAGCUGGAUGCGGAAACUCAGUUGCUGUGGUCCAGGGAAAUCGACGAAGGUGUUCCUACCUGGGAUCAGUUUGAGACUUUUCUCAAUAAAAGAUCGUCGGCUCUCAGCUGUAUUGAGGAUACACAAAAUUGUUCUGCACGUAUCCUUUUGGCUACUGCUAGGGUCAAAGUCCUUGAUGGAGGAAAUGGUGAGCAUUUUUGUCGCAUUUUACUCGAUGCAGGUUCCCAAGUCAAUUUAAUGACUACUCACUUGUGUCAAACCUUGCGUCUUAAGUCUGCACCAAUAGAUUUUCAUCUUGAGGGAAUCGGCUCUAUCAAUCAUGUGGUCAAACGUAAAACAAAUGUCAGACUUCUGAUAGGUGAGAAGGGGGGAGAAAGUGUGGUCAAUGUGGAGUGUUUGGUAGUAAAGCGAAUCACUGGAGAUCAUCCAAAUUUUAAAAUCAAUAAAGAGAUAGUAUCGAUUCCUAAUUCCAUUAAGUUGGCAGAUCCUGAUUGGAACAAAUGUCAGCCCAUUGAUAUUUUAAUUGGAGGUCAAUAUUUCUGGAACUUUGUCAAGGAUAACACUAAGACUCUUGGACCCAAUGCUCCUAUACUGAAAGAUAGUGUCUUCGGUUGGUUACUGGUAGGACCUCUAUCUCAAGAGCCCUCAACAAGUUCAGGUUUUCAUGCACAGUGCAACCUGUCCACUUUAGCUAGCCUUGAUGCUUCUCUUCGUAUGUUUUGGGAAAUAGAAGAAAUUCCUCAAGCCAAGAAUAGUGUCGAUGAACAUAACGAAGUUGAACAGCUAUAUCGAUCCUCUACUUCUCGGAAUGAAAAUGGCCGCUAUGUAGUCAGAUUGCCUUUGAACGACAGAAUCGGAGAGUUGGGAAAUAACAGGGCAUCAGCAACAUAUCAAUUCUUAAGCUUGGAAAGAAGAUUGGGAAAGAAGGAAGACCUCAAGAUUGCAUACUCUCAGGCCAUUAAGGAGUACCUCGACUUGAAAAUCAUCGAGGAGGUACCUUCAACUGAACUAGAUUCGCCAUCGUACUAUCUCCCUCAUCACGGAGUUGUUCGAGAACAAGCGAUUAGCACAAAGUUGCGAAUAGUAUUCAACGCGAGUGCUCGCUCUCAGUCAGGCGUUAGUCUCAAUCAGUGUCUCAUGGUAGGCCCAGUUGUUCAGCCAUCUUUGGUAGAAGUCCUUUGGCGAUUUCGCUUACACAAAUAUGCCUUGACAUGUGAUAUCGUCAAGAUGUACCUGCAGGUACAUCUGGUUCCUGAGCACAGGAAUUAUCAGCGAUUCAUAUGGAGGGAACAUCCUUCAGAUGAUAUUAAACAUUAUCGAUUCCGUACUGUGUGUUUUGGUAUCGCGUCUUCACCAUAUUUAGCGACCAGAACCCUCAAUCAAUUGGCGGAUGAUGAAGGUCAAUCUUUCCCUAUGGCUGCCAAGGCAGUUAAAGAGUCAUUUUAUGUCGACGAUUGUUUGGCAUCAGUUCCAGAACAGGCACAAGUUUUAGAGUUGAAACAUCAACUCAUUCAUCUCAUGGAACGCGGACAAUUCCAACUGGCUAAGUUCCAGACAAACUGCUCAGUUGAAGUCGACAACAACCAAGAAAGUCACUCAGACGUCAUCAUUUCUGACAAUUUGGUGAAAACCUUGGGAUUAAUGUGGAACAGCAAAGUUGACACCUUUCAGUUCAAACUGUCCAAUGAUCUCCCUAAGAUAAAUGUCACCAAAAGGCAGAUUCUUUCAGUCAUCGCUAGGAUCUAUGAUCCCCUUGGGUUGCUUGGUCCAAUAGUCACCAAUGCGAAACUCAUUCUUCAGGCAGCAUGGCAGUGCAAAACUGAUUGGGAUAUGAUAGUUCCCGGUGAACUGCAGCACAGAUGGGCAUCGUUUAUCAAUGACCUCCCAUCAAUUGAACUUUUACGAAUACCUAGAUGGGUAGUGAAUGUGGAGUCCCCAGCGCAGGUGGAACUACACGUUUUCUCAGAUGCAAGUUCACUUGCAUAUGGAGCCGCCAUUUUUUUGGUCUGUGAAGAUGUCAAUGGACACAGGUCAUCCGGACUUCUCACUGCCAAGUCAAAAAUAACCCCUUUAAAGUCAACGGAAGCUCAAGGAAAUGAACUCACCAUUCCUAAGGCAGAAUUGCUUGGGGCUCAAAUGGCGGCAGAGUUGAUGUUCAUGGUCUCAAAAGCAUUGGGCAUUGAACGGAAAUUUUAUUGGACAGAUGCAGCUGUUGUUCUGCACCAAAUUUAUUCUCCAUCAGAGAAGCGAGAAACAUUUGUUCGAAAUAAGGUUCGCAUUAUUCGAAAAUUGUCACAGGCUGAGGAGUGGGGCCAUGUUCCGACGAAACAAAACCCAGCAGAUGCUCUUUCUAGAGGUUCUACUGUUCAGGAGUUGAUGGUCAACAAUCUAUGGUGGUUAGGACCAGAUUGGUUGACAAAAGGAACAGAUUCUUGGCCAGUUGCCUUUUCCCCUCAUACCUUUUCCAUUACAAGAGACACUUCUUUAGCAUCAGUUAACGUGGUGUCAAAGGAAGAAAAGAGUGAUCAUCCUCAGAAUUCUGUAUAUGCGUUUCUCAUUUCCCGUAUCAGUCUCUUCAGAAAAAUGCAAAGAGUCUUAGCAUGGUGUUUGCGAGCGAUUACUAUCUUCAAAACUCGUAAGGGUAGAACAACUCGCAGCAUGGCUCAUGGAAAUACCCUUUCUGGCCCCCUCACAGCAGAGGAACUUCUUCGUGCAGAGACACUUAUUAUAAAAUGGGAACAACACGAUCAUUUACUCCCAAUCAUCACAGCAGUGAAAAAGGGUAAUUUGAACCAACAGUCAAAAUUUAAAUUUGUACGUCGCUUAAGGCCUUUCUUGGAUGAUGAUGGAUUACUGAGAGUUGGUGGGCGUUUGCACAAUUCUGCAGAACCAUUCGAUACACAACACCCAAAAAUUCUUCCUAAAGGGAAAUUGGCAAACUUGCUAGCUCUACAAUUCCAUCUCAAUCUUCUUCAUGGUGGACCAACUAUUUUGUUGUCAUCCUUACGACAACGUUACUGGCCACUUGGAGGCCGCAGCUUAGCACGUCAAACUGUACACAAUUGUGUUCCCUGCUUUAAAGCAAAACCCCAAUUCCAGACACAAAUUAUGGCUGACUUACCAGAGCACAGAGUUACUAAUCUGCGCCCUUUCUUUGCUACUGGAAUGGACUUUGCUGGGCCCCUAUUACUAAGGUCAGGAUCCAGGAAAGCUCCUCCAUCCAAGGCAUAUAUAAUUGUGAUGGUGUGUAUGUCCACAAAGGCUACACAUUUGGACUUGGUUAGCUCACUGGCUACAGACGCUUUUAUUGCAAGCCUACGUCGAUUCACCGCCAGACGUGGAAUACCGAGUUUUAUCUACAGUGAUAAUGGUACAACGUUUGUUGGAGCUGACAGCGAACUCAAGAAAAUGCUGCAAUCCAUGUCGUUCAAUGAGGAAAUUGGAAACUUUAUGGCUUCCUUGGAGAUCAAAUGGAGGUUCCAACCUCCCAGAGCACCCCAUCAUGGCGGUCUCUGGGAGGCUACUGUCAAGUCCUGCAAGUAUCAUUUAAAACGUGUUCUUGGGCUGACUCCACUAACAUUUGAAGAGAUGAGUACCAUUUUAUGUCAAAUUGAAGCUGUUUUAAACAGCAGACCACUUUUUCAACUUCCCUCUGUCUCAGACGUCAAGGAUCCAUCUUGCUUGACACCAGGACAUUUUCUGGUUGGAUCGGCAUUGACACAGUUGCCGGACCCGAACCUUGGACAUCUAUUAAUAAACCGAUUGGAUAGAUGGCAAUUGUGUCAGAGACUGCAGCAGAAUUUCACCGAUCAGUGGAAACGGGACUACCUUCAUACAUUGCAGACCAGGGUUAAGUGGAGCAAAGAGUUUCCCAACAUUAAAGUGGGAGAUGUAGUUUUGCAUUUGGAUGAGCAAACACCCUCUACUUCAUGGCCACUUGGCUUGAUUUCAUCUGUAUUUCCAGGAAAGGAUGGAAAAAUUCGAGUUGUUGAUGUAAAGACAGCUAAGGGCAAAUUUAGAAGACCCAUUACAAAGAUAGUCAAACUUCCAACCAAUGAUGAAUUAGAGAAGAAUUGGCCUCUUUCUGGGGAGGAUGUUCGCGCUCAAAAUUCAGACACAGCACUGUAA